GGAGCCGGAGCUGGGGCCGGGGCAGGCGGCAGCGCUCGGGGCCCCGGGGCUGCUCCGCUGCCGCCGCCGCCGCUCCGGGCCCGCCCGGGCAAAGUCCCCGCGCCAUGAGCGGCCGCCGCCCGGCGUUCCCCGGCCUCCCAGGGGAGCUGGUGCUGGAGGAGGCGGCGGGCGCGCGGCAGCGCUGCGGUAGCGACGGCUCCGUCCCCGGGACGCUGCUUUGCACCAACCGCCGCGUCGCGUUCGUGCCCGCGCAGGGCCCCGGCUCCCCCCGGCCCUUCCUGCCCAGCGAGCACGAGGUGGCGCUUCCCUGCAUCCGCAAGCUGGUGGCAGCCAGCAGCUUCACCAAGCCCAAGGUGCUGACGGGCGCCUCCACGCUCAAGUUCAUCCCAGAGGAGCUGGCCCUUUUCUGCCGGGAUUUCCGCCUCCUCCGCUUCCACUUCCAUGAGAACGGGCUGGCUCCGCAGGCGUUCCGGGUCGCCAACGCCAUUGCCCAGGCGCGGGAGGAGGCUGCGUGGUUGGGGGAUACAGGUGAGGGAUGUGAUGGAGCCCGGCCGGGGGACGGCGAGGGUGAGGAUGAGGAGGAUGAGGACGGCUCCUCUGCCACGCUGCUCUUCGAGAGCCUGCGGGACUGGGAGAAGGAGCUCAAGCGCCAGGGAGCCACAGGCUGGAGGGUGAGCGCCGUCAAUGAGCGCUUCGACAUGGCCCCAAGCCUCCCCCGGUACCUGUGGGUGCCCAGCGGGCUCCUGGACCACGACCUCAAGCGGCUUUUCGCGCACUUCGAGGAGCGCCGGGUGCCCCGCCUCUGCUGGCACCACCCGGGCGGCAGCGCCCUGCUCAGAGCCGCCGCCUUCCACGCGGGGUCGGAGCCGGGCAGCGAGGACGCGAGGUGCCUGGAGGCGCUGCUGCUGGGGGGCCGCGGGCCCUGCGUGCUGGUGCGCACCGCGGAGCUGCCCGGCCCGGCCGACAUCCAGCUCGCACACCUCAAGCUGCGGGCGCUCUGCCUGCCCGGCGCCGCGGCGGAGGAGAAGUGGCUCUCGGCGCUGGAGGGGACGCGGUGGCUGGACCACGUCCGGAGCUGCUUGAGGAAAGCCGUGGAGGUGGCAUCGCUGCUGGCUGGGAGACGCUGCACCGUGCUCCUGCAAGAGCCGUCGGACCGGGACCUGAACUGCCUGCUGGCCUCGCUGGUGCAGCUCCUGGGGGACCCCCAUUCCCGCACCCUUCCCGGCUUCCAGAGCCUGCUCCAGCGGGAAUGGGUGGCAGCCGGACACCCCUUUCCCCAUCGGCUGGGGCUCCUCCGUUGUGACAGCCCCUGGGAGGAGGCUCCCGUUUUCCUGCUGUUCCUGGACUGCACGUGGCAGCUGGUGCGGCAAUUCCCGGCGGCGUUCGGCUUCACCGAGGCCUAUCUGCUGGCCCUGCACGACAGCAGCUUCACCCCCUACUUCAGCACCUUCCUCUUCAGCUGCCAGCGGCAGCGGGGCCACGGCAGCCUGCCUGCCAGCCCCUGGCCGGGUGCGGGGCCCGGGCCCGUGUUCGUGCUGACCAAGGGCGCGCUGUCAGCCCAGCCCCUGCCCUGGAGGGGCGGCCGCUCCCCCCCGCACCGCUCCCGCUGGGCCCCGAGCCUGGAGAGCCUGGGGGAGCCGGGGGGGGGGCGGCCGCCCCUGGGGCUGCUGCUGCCCUGCGCCGCGGGCCCCUCCGUGCGGCUCUGGGCACGCUGCUACCUGCGGGGGCUGCCCGAGGCUCAGCGCGGGCGCUUCGCUCCGUCUCCGGCCGGGCUGGCGGAGGAGCUGCUGCUGCUGCAGGACCGGCUCAGCGCCCUCACUGCCUGAGGACACGGGGCCGCCAUGGGACCCCGGGAAUGGGCCCCCGCCAUGGGGAGGAGCCCGGGAUGGGAUCCCCAGCACCCGCUGGAUCCUUGCCUCCCAUUAAAUUCCUGCUACCUCCGCCGAGCUUUGGCUGCUCGGGGCUGGAUGUGCACGUGCGGAGCCUGUCAGA